AUGCCUGAAGUCUUCAUAACUAUGUUGUCUCAACGGAUCUUGGCCCGGCGCCUGCCCCAAGUUGCCGUGCGAGCUAUUGCUCCCCGCGCAUCUUUCUCCCAGGUCCCAGCUCUCCGUGCUAUUGAGGAUGACAUGGCUCUACAGAAUAACAACUACCCCAACCCUCCCCCUUUGAAGCGGGCACACAGAGACCCCUACGGUGGCUGGUGGGAUGCGCAAGAGAAGCGCAACUUCGGCGAACCCGUGCACGAGGAUAACGAAAUCCUCGGUGUCUUCAGUCCCGAGCAAUACAACCACGUCUCGGCCGGCAAGGGUUUCUUCCACCUCGGAUGCUUCGUCGCUGUUUUCUUUAGCAUGGUUGGUGUUGUCAGCCUUACCUACCCUGACAAGCCGAGUGUUCCUAAGGCCUACGUCGAUGGUCUGGAAAAGGAGUUGGGAGGUCCCAAUGCUGUGCCUGCCCACAAGUCCGGCGAUAAGUGGUGA